GAGAGAGAGAGAGAGAGAGAGAGCGCAGCGUAGGGACAUCGUGACUGACCACCGGAGAGAGAGAAGAAAAGGAGAGGCUGCCAAGGUCGACGGCGGAGAAGAAGAAGAGGCGAUGGCGUCCGGGUGGGGCAUCAACGGGAACAAGGGGCGGUGCUACGACUUCUGGCUGGACUUCAGCUCGUGUAUGAGCCGCUGCCGCCAGCCCUCCGACUGCGGCCUCCUCCGCGAGGACUACCUCGAGUGCCUCCACCACUCCAAGGAGUUCCAGCGCAGGAACAGGAUCUACAAGGAGGAGCAACGUCAGAUUAGAGCUGCUGCUCGCAAGGCCAAAGAGGAAGCCGAAGGAGCUCCUGCUGUUGCAGCUCACCACUAGCGUCCCUUUUUGAUUUUUCUUAUGCUUUUGUUUGCUGCAAGUGCUUCCAUUAUCGGCUAUGAGCAAGGCAAUAAUUCCCUAAACAUUCUACCCCUCCCACUCCAUGACUUGUUCUAAAAUCAUGAGUUUGGUAAACUACCCUGGUCAUGAAGUUUGUGCAUGUUUGAGAGCGAUAAUAAACGCUUGAUUCAAUCAUGAAACAUGAUGUUUGUGCACUGCA